AUGUCAAGUACUGAAACCAAGGUGGCAUCACAAGAGAAAGCCGUAGAUACACCGCCGAAAGGAUUGCCACAAUUUGGAGCAUCUGGACGUAGAAUAAUUUACGACAAGGAUGGCAAACCUUGUCGAGCAUGUAACACGUUGUUAGAUUUUCAACUUGCUACGGGGAAGUCUUCAAAGCUGAGGAAAGAGAAAAAGGAGCAUGGUCAAUCAACAGAAUCUAGCUCAAGCACAAUUGCAUCCACUAUGCCAUCCACCACGUCAGGAACUUCAUAUUAUACCAAAGUUGAUCCACCAGAUGUCACCAAAUUGGGCAGAUCUUCGUGGUCUUUACUUCAUUCAAUUGCAGCUACGUACCCUGAAGAACCAACUACAAAACAGCAACAAGAUAUGAAGCUGUUUCUCAAUUUGUUUGCUGGUUUUUAUCCCUGUUGGUUUUGUGGAGAAGAGUUUGGUAAAUAUAUGGAAAAACACAAGCCCGACACCGGUAGCCAAGACGAUUUGGGUAAAUGGUUAUGCGAUGCUCAUAACGCUGUAAAUAAGAGAUUAGGCAAACCAAAAUUUGAUUGUCAAUUUUGGAAAAAACGAUGGAAAGAUGGUUGGGAUGAAGAGUAA